UCACGAACUUAAGGGUGAUCCGAGGUACGAAGCUUUACGAUGACAAGUACGCCCUCUAUGUUGCGUUGACGUUUCACACGGGAGACCCAACGAUAGCGACAGAAGAGAUGUGGUUAACAUCAUUACACGAAAUCUUGAAAGGGGAUGUAUACUUCCAUCAGAACAACCAGCUCUGCUAUGUGGAGACCAUUGCUUGGGAUGACAUGCAACCAGGCCUGGUGGCCAAUAUCUCCAUGUGGGAUGAACAUGCACAACGAAACUGCUCCGAACAUCGAUGCCAUGAAUCUUGCAAUGGACACUGCUGGGGUCCAGGAGAGGAACAUUGUCAGAUAUUAACACUAAAGGAUUGCAGCUCAACCUGUGACUAUCGUUGCCGAGGUCCCACGCAAGCUGAUUGCUGCCACAGAAGUUGUGCUGGGGGUUGCACCAAUUCAUCCAAUGCUGGCUGCCUGGCUUGUCGACAAUUCUCGCUGGACAAUACUUGUGUGGAAACCUGCCCUCGGCGGUAUGAGUACGAUAGAAACACUUUCACCAACGUGGAGAACCCCAACUUCCGCUAUUCCUAUGGUUCCAGGUGUCUCAAGGACUGUCCAAACAAUGUCUUGGUAGAUGGUGAUAAUUGCGUGAAGGUUUGUGGGCCAGGAAAGAAAGAGCAGGACAACCAAUGCAUUCCUUGUGAAGGAGUGUGCCCAAGCACCUGUGAUGGGAUAGGUGAUGAUGGAGCCUUAUCCUCCAAACACAUUCGCAGUAAACAGUUUGAUAACUGCACCCAGAUCAACGGCAACCUCAUCAUAACCUCACACACCUUCACAGGUGAUGCGUUUGCCGGCACCACCCCUAUCGAUCCAAGUGCCUUGGAGAUCUUCAGAACGGUCAAGCAGAUCACUGGCUACCUGUCUGUCCAGGGACUUCACCAACACUUCACCAACCUCUCCAUGUUUAGCAACCUGGAGAGGAUCGAUGGCCGCAACCUAUACGGAGAGCCACCGUUUGCCUCGCUGGCCAUUCUCGAUAACCAACAUCUGGAGGCCUUGAGCCUGAUCUCACUUAACGAGCUCAAGCUGGGCGGAGCGUACGUCCAGAAUAACCGUUUGCUCUGCUAUAGCGAGGAAACUGCAUUUGAUGCCGUCAUAAAUCCUGAAUAUAGCGUCUCCUUCGUAAACAACAAAGAUAGGGCUACCUGUAUUGCUGAGAAUAAAACCUGUGAUCCACAAUGCGCUGAUAUCGGCUGCUGGGGGCCUGGUCCUCGGCAGUGUGCUAAGUGUAAGAAUGCAAUCAUCGGUGAUACCUGCAUUGAAGCAUGUGAUCUGGAUAACGGCCAAUAUGUGGAGACGGAGGCUAGUGCUUCAGAAGCAGCUGUGUGUGAACACUGUGAUACUCAAUGCUCAGCUGGGUGCUCAGGACCGGAACCAGACCAGUGUGACUGCCAAUCAGACUCAACAGGAACAAACUGCAGGAGGAUGUGUCGCAACGUCCAGGACGGUCCCUUCUGCAGGGCGGAGUGUCCCGAACCCAAGUUUGCCAACGCUCAAAAGAACUGUACCGAUUGCCACUCAAACUGCCUCAAGGGAUGUAAUGGCCCUGAGAACAAUCUUGGUGAAGAUGGUUGCUUGGAAUGCCCGCAAGUUAUGCUUGACUAUAACAGAAAAGUGAUGGAGUGUAUGCUUAUCAAUACUCCGUGUAGUGAUGACUAUUUCUAUGAUCGCAUCUCCCACUCGGAGAAGUCUGAUCCUCUAGCAGGUUCAGUGAUCUGCCAGCAGUGUGACCCUAUGUGUAUCGGAUGUGACGGGGCGGGGCCUCGACGAUGCAAGCAGUGUAAACUUUUCCGGCAGGAUGAUGAAUGCGUAGAUGAGUGUCGGUCGGGCUUCUAUCCUGAUGUGGACGAUAUGUGUCAACCAUGCCACCCCCAGUGCAGGCAAUGCUUCAAUGGUACCGUACAUGACUGUCUGGAUUGCGAAUCAUACACCGUACAAACUGGAGAAAAUACUUUCUUCUGUGCACUUUCCUGCCCAGCGGAAUACCCCAACGAGCUCAGUCCUUACGUCUGCGGUAAGACCUGCCCCACCCUGUUUUUCCCUAACGCCAUGUCAAAAUGCGAGGGGUGCCACACCGAGUGUAAAGACGGUUGCCAUAACGGCACGCGAAGCGGGUGCUAUGCCUGCAAGAACGUGGUGGUGAACCUGGAAUGUCGGGCGGAGUGUCCAGCUGCUUAUAAGAACACCAAUGGUACCUGUCUCUACAUUCAUGGUCCUGAUCAGAAGGCCACGCCCAAACCAGGAGCUGCCAAGUAUCUUCCUCUCAACAGUGGAGGUAUGUCUAUCGGACUUCUUGCCGGCAUCGUGACGAGCUCCCUCAUCAUCUUCAUCGUCAUCAUCGUGUUCGUCAUCUGGUUCAAACAACGCAUCAAGAACGACAUGUACAUCGACAUCCCCCCUAACAUAGAUCUGCAUGAUAUGAAGAGCUGUGACUAUACUGGAGCGCCUCUGACACCAAGCAACGUGGAGCCCAACCAGGCCCAGCUGAAGAUUAUCAAAGACACCGAGCUCAAGUUAGGUCCGGUCCUAGGAUCCGGAGCCUUUGGGACCGUGUACAAGGGUCUGUGGAUCCCGGACGGUGAGAAGAUCAGGAUUCCCGUCGCUAUCAAGGCUCUCAGGGAAGUCUCGCCCCAUGCAGCUGAGGAACUGCUAGAGGAAGCAAAAGUUAUGGCAUCUGUGGACCACCCAUGCCUGCUACGUCUUCUGUGUGUCUGCAUUGCCCAAAACAUGACCCUGAUCACCCAACUCAUGCCACUUGGGGCCAUCUUGGACUACGUACGUCAGCACAAGGAGCAGAUUGGCUCUCACCAUUUGCUCAACUGGAGCUUUCAAAUUGCAAAGGGAAUGGUAUACCUGGAGGAAAAACAUCUUAUUCAUCGUGACCUGGCUGCUAGGAACGUCCUCGUUCAGAGUCCAGCACAGGUCAAGAUCACAGACUUUGGUCUGGCCAAGUUCUUGGAGGUAGACUCCAAUGAGUACAAAGCACAGGGUGGCAAGAUGCCUAUCAAAUGGUUGGCCUUAGAGUGCAUUCAAUUCAGGAGAUUUUCACAUAAAAGUGAUGUUUGGAGUUUUGGUGUGACCCUCUGGGAGCUGAUGACCUUUGGAGGGAAGCCCUACGAGGGGGUGAAGGCCCGAGAGGUACCGGAGCUCUUAGAGAGGGGUGAGAGGUUACCCCAGCCUCCGAUCUGUACAAUUGACAUCUACAUGCUGAUGGUCAAAUGUUGGUUGAUUGAUGAAGAUAGCAGACCAACCUUCAAGCAGAUGCAAGAAGAGCUUGAGAGAAUGACCAAAGACCCUCAGAGAUACCUUGUUAUCCAGAAUGAUGGUGCAAUGUCCCUGCCGAGCCCCACUCCCUCAGACUUCUACAAGACCCUCAUGCAGGACACUGAGUCAGGAGCAGACCCAGACCUACUCAUGGAUGCUGAGGACUACUUACAACCAAUGAGCCUUACUGCAAACAACAUGACCUAUGAGAGCCAGCAAGGUUUCUUCCCAGUGAAUGGUGCUGGACCCAGGUCUCCUACAGGAAAGCCUUCUGGUCCAUUGAGAAAGGAUAGCAGUCUCCUUCGCUACUGUCAAGACCCAACUUUCAAGGGCAACUUUGAUAGGCAAAACAGUAAUACGAGCGGCAAUGAUCCAAACUUGAAUGAUGACUACUUGAUACCAAAUGACAAGCUAGAAGGCUUCUCACCAUUAAUGGAAGAAGAGCAUGAUUACCAGAAUGACCCCAGAAGACCAACAGACCUGGGUGACAACUACCUCCCUCUCAAUGAUGGAACCGGGUCUCAGCCGACCUCGCCCUCAGCUGGUAUGCUUGAUAAUCUGGAGUACCAUGCUAUCAUGGAUCAAGCCUCACAGGGACCCAAGUCACCCAGGACCCCUACCAUCCACACCGGUGACCCCUGGACUCCCAUGCAACAACAGCAUCCUCACCUGGUGGCACGGCAGCAUAGCACGCCCUCCCAGCCCAGAACCCCGCCCGCUUACGCCCCUCUGGCACCCACCAUGAGCUCCAGCACGCCCCUUCUGGGUGACGUGUCCUUCGAGGGACCCGUGCCGCCUGGCGGCGCUCCCGUCAUGAACGGACAAAACGGGGGCCCCAAAGGCAUGUACCGCUCACCCCCUCCCUCUAAUAGUUCUGGAAGCCUUGGUCGGCAUUCAACGAGGGGCAGUGAGAGCGAUUAUGUGAACUCUGAUGUGGUGACAGAUCGCGGGGAGUCCACCGUUUGAUGAUCGGACGAUAGUGACAGACUUUCAAAAGGCCAUUGCUUCCUUGAAUAUAACUAUUUUUCAUUAUGGCCAAGUGUGCAUUCUUUCAAGGGGAACGAUGGAUUCCUCCUCACGAGCGACAGAAUGGAUAUACAAACCUAGAGAAUAGACUCACAAUACUUUUACUUGUACUUAACAACAGAUUUUUAUGUGAUGAUUUUGAGAUCAUGAUCAAAUUAUAGUGUUUUCAUGAGAAACUUAAAAUGUUUAUUACUUAGAAAAGUGUAUGUUUUGUGCCAAUAGUGUGAGAAAUGGUCUCAAGUUUGGUGCAUCGGCAUAGCUUACUUGUCUCAAACCAAAGUGUAGAUAUAAUUCAAUUUCAGUUUACCACAAAACUGAAUAUUCAACGUGUCUUUAAUUAGGAGAAUUGGGUAAGUAUUGACUGGAUAUUGCAAAAUGAUUAGGUAUUUGACAGGAAAAUUGGCAAGUUAAGUCCAGUUGUAUUACUAGGUGCGAAUGUUCUUUAUCCUGUUUUAAAGCAUUAUUUUAGAAAUGCGUGUACAUUGAACCAUUUUUUGCUCAGCUAACCAUUCUUGAAUAAUUUACUUAUUAAUUGAGUGAGAAAUGAGAAGAAAAAAAAAUAUCGGUAGUUGAGUAAACUCAGCUUUUAUCUCCUCUGUUUUGAGAAUCUUGUUCAGUACUCGUUGAAAGACAAUGUUUGUAUGUGUCCUUGACGUAAUAUAUUAUAUGUAGACAUUGAUUCUUUCAACCUUCGUGUAGCCAUAAGGUAUUAAGAAACAUUUAUCAAGUACUUAAACAUGUAUUUAUAUCAUAGUAAAGCUCAUUCUGGGAUGUGAUGAUGGUACUGAAUCUCAAGAAAAAAAUGUAUUUCAAAUUUGUUUAUUAUCCAGUAGCUCGAAUCUGUAAAAUGUUCACAAACUAUCAAAAUUUGAGCUUCAAAUCAAACUUUUUAUAGUCUUAAUAUCAAUAAAAGUUUGUUUCAGAAUUGUGUCAUGAUGAUUUCCAGUCCAGAAGUUCAGCUUAUCAAUGAGAAUGCGUGUAGUCCAACGUUGUUACGGUCAACAAAAUUCUUUUACGGCACUAUAGUCUUGUGCCACCUAGAAAGAGAAAGUUUUCACAUAUUUUAAUGUUGUACAAGAAUGCCUUUAAACAAUCGCUUUUACAUAUAUUUCAUGCUUAAAAAGAUUACACAAGACUUUAAGAUAUACACAAUAAUAGUUGUAGUAAAGCAACAUACAACUACAUACCUGUAACUGUUUUCUUUUGAUAUUGAUCUUGCUAUAUUUGAAAUCUUUGAAAAUUAUAUAUAUACUUCAGGUUAUUUAAAGUAUUGAUAAAUAUCUAUAAGGUGGAAAAUAAAAAGAAAGGAAACAUACAUAUGUUUGUAUGACAGAAUAAUUGUCUCGUAAUUCACUAUAUAUUUGAUAUGUGAAUGAUCCAUGUACUAGGACUUCUUAAUUGUUGAAAAUAUCCAAAAGUAUUUAUCAAAUCUAUUUUUGAUCUAUUUAUGAAAUGAAUAAUCAUAUGUGAAGCUUUAAACAUGUACUUAAAGGAGUUCAGGUGCUUUAGUCAGUUGUAUGUAUAUCUCAUGAUUUUUUUUUUCUUUAACUAUUGAUACCAUGUAAACUGUUCUCCUUUAUGCUGCUAUUUAACAAUAAUCUUUUCAAUUCUCCAACUAAAGUACCAUGAUAUUUAACUUCAAAAUUCUUAUAAAGUCUGAGAUACAGUUAAGCUUGAGCAAUGUGUUUGUGUUGAACUCAUUAUUGUAGAAUUAUUGCAUAAUCUCUAUGUAUAAAAGACUUGUUUUUGUCUGGAAAAGUACUAUGUGAAAUAAUUUAGUGUGUCUUAUCACUGCCAGUGCAAGAACAGUCUUGUUGUUGAUGAUAAAGAACUGUAUGUUUGUGUAUGUAUUUUUAGACAUAUUUGCUCCCUUUUUAAACAUUUUAUGAAAAAGGCUUCAAAAUUGCAGAUGACAUGUUCUUUCUUUAACGAAAGCAAGCGUGAAGAGAAAAUGGGAAGAAAACAUUGGAUGGGAGUGUCUCAAGAAGACUUUUUAGCAUUGAAAGUGUUUUUAAAUUGUAUAUUAGGGUUUGGAAUUGGAUUUUGAUUUUUUUUUUGUAGAUGGAAUUGUAUUUUUGCAAGUUUGGUUUUGUGCCAUGUGUUGCCCUUACCUGUACCUAUGUAUCGAAGAGUACAAUUUUAUAUUGUGUACACUGUACAGUGGGAUAUUAUCACAUUUUCUUGAGGUCAUACUUGAAUAUUUAAAAUAUGGUAUAAUCCAUUUCAAAUGUUUUCGGGGGAAAUAUUUUACCCCAUGGUUGAUUUCCUAGGUUGUCUUUAAACACUCUGGAUUAAUUUUGCAUCGUUGCCUCCUGUCAAUAUUUUGAUUUGAUAUUGAAUUGGGAACUCAUCUUGGUAUGCCAUCUGAAAAGGUUUUUUUAGGCUUGGUCCUAGAAAUGAUUUGAGGAAACCUUGUCAUGCCGUUCAUCUUAUCUUUGUGUGUUAUAGUCAUUGGAAUAAUGUGGAUAUUUACAUCGCAUGUUUUUGAAGAUGUUUUUUAGAAUAACUGUUGUCCCAAAUUGCACCUUUGGAAUCAUUAAAAAUAAUUUGAAGCUGGCUUUCAAUGAAAAAUACAAAUUGGGUCAGAAUGGGUACAGAAUGGGUAUUUUUUAUAGUGCGUAUAAUUGAACCUAGAUCUACUUUUUGAAAUAUUGUUUUGAGAUAUUAUAAAUUAAACGAGACAGUGGAUGACAAGAUCUUAUCUUGGAUCUAUAUAUUUAGAUCAUUUUCUUGACUUACCUAAUCCAGAUUUUUUAGUCCUUUCUUGUUUUGUUGUUACUGUUCAAACCCCAUCAGAUUUUAGAGAAUAUUUCUUAAGUAAAGACUUUUUCCUUGAAAUGUUAUACCGGUAGGAACUUUCUGUCUUGUCAGUUUGAUUGCAUUGACAUGUAGUUUAUCUGCUUGUCAGGUUUUAUGGAUACUUUAAAGGGCCAAAUAUAUGCAACAAGUUGUCCAUUUGUAUUUUGCAACAGUUCAGUUCAUGUAACAUUGUUUUACUGCAUAUACAAGUCACAUGCAAAUGUUAAGAGUUUGUCAUUUUCUUAUGAAAGAGAAGUUCUUGAAAUACGUUUUAUUCUACCACUAGUCUAGGUAUUACCCAACUUAACGAGCUAUUUUUGUCAUUGUGUUUUAGAAAGCAUAUGCAAGUUUGUUGAUGCCAUAAUUUUUAUGCAUACAGUGGCAGGUGAUACAAUGUUCCAGUCUGCAAUUAGGUAUUACAGUCUCCUUUAAGAUAUUUUUCCUACUGUCAUUUUUAUAGUCUUGUAUUUUUGUAAUUUAAUUAAAAUGUGAAUCAAGUACAUUUUUUAUGGCGACUAAUCAUAGACUGAGUUCAAGACCAUAGUGAUUGUCUCUGUCUCUGUUUUAAAAAAAAAGACCAAUCAUCAUUACUACCUAUGUAUUGGUGAUUUUUUUUUAAUUGUAAGUUGCAAUUUUUUUUAAAUGAAUGUCUUAUAUCCUUAAACUUUGAAUUAAUUAGUUUUUAAAAUUUGUUUGGAUGCUUUUUUGGUAAGGCUGGUGCAAUCUACUGUAAAUUAUUUUUAUACAUGCUUUUGGACAAAUUCUUGUCGAGGUAGAUCCAUAGUUUUAGUUUCCUAGAUGUUAUGUAUGCAGGUAAACUUUCAGGAUGUUCUUUCAUGUCAGUUUAGUACGGAAAGGUAGAGAAAAAUAUAAACCUGAGAGUUGGUUUUGCACGGGAUUGGUCGCUUUAUAUAUUUCAUCAAUCAUUGAUUUCUUUCAUUUUACAUCAUGAUCAAAUAGAUAUUGAGGUGUUGGUGGUGGGAUAUCAGAACUAAUGCUUUCUUAUGCAAUAUUUUAUGUUAUGUAUCGUGUAGCAUAGGCGCUAGUGUACAGUUAUAGAAUGCAAAUCAUAUUACAAAGGGCAUCGGAUAGAAACCCUUUGAAUGAUGAUCAUGAUUAUAAUUAUCUUUACGGUGUACAUUUUUUUUCAAUUUGAACAUACUGGGUAUAAUCUUCAGUUGACUUAUCACUUUAUCUUUUUACAAUAUGAUAGGCUUGUAGAGGAUGCUCUUGUACAUGGUUCACAGGUAAUCUUGAGUUCUCACAAGGGACAGGAUUUGGAGGUAAACCAUUAAUCAUUUCAGAAAACUGCAAGGAACUAAUUAGACUUGUUCUAAAAACAACACAACAGAUGGUAUAUAUGUAUAUCACAAGUUGUAUAUUAGUCCUGGCAUACCAAGAUGAUCUCAUUUUAUUUACUUUUACUUUAAUACCGAUUAUACAUUUUUAUCAAGUUUGACUUGCAGACAUCAUUUGUCUUUUGAUAGUGUUUAACAUUCAGGGUUUCUUUAAAAAUUGAUUUUACGACGACUGAGAUGGCUUGGUCAUGUCAGCCGAAUGGAAGACGGCCGCAUUCCAAAAGACAUAAUGUAUGGAAAGUUAGCGACCGGGACCAGGGCUGUUGGAAGACCUGUCCUUCGGUUCAAGGAUGUGUGCAAGAGGGAUAUGAAGGCCAGUGAAAUUAACCCUACAAACUGGGAAGCAUAUGCCUCAGACCGUCCUGAAUGGAGACGCGUUAUAAAGACGGGUGUACAGAGGAGUGAGCAGAGGAGAGUAGAACAGUGGGAGGAGAAAAGACAACAACAACAACAACAACAAAGACAACAGCUAGCUACGGCUCCAACAGCACAGCCACAAAUGACUUUUAUCUGCAGCAACUGCAACAGGACCUGUCUCUCUAGGAUUGGACUGUUCAGUCACAGCAGGAGCUGCACACCAAGAAACUGACAACUAUAUAGCACAAUAUUCUAUUGUCUUUCGAGACAGACAGAUGCCGAAGGAAGGAUUUUUUUAAUUUGCAUUGCCAGAACUCAAGAAUACCUGUAAGGCUCGAAUGAUCAAACUUUUGAUAUUUUCUUAUUUGCAGAAGGAACUUAUAGCUGUCAAAAUAGUGGUACUUUCCUAUUGCUUUUAGGUUAUGAAUGAAAGCUUCUAGUGUUGUAGUGAGAAGUUGAGUAUACUGAAAAACAAGGUCCAUAUUAAGGAUGAUCUUGUUUUUCAUGAGAAGGAAUAAAUCAAAGCUGCUUUUAUGAAACUUUAAUCAUACAUAUAGAUGAACAGGUAUCAUUGUUGAGGUGUUAUAUUUAAGAAGAAAAAAAAUGUCUUAUCUCGUUAUGCUAUGAUAAUGUGUGUAUAUGUAAUCAUUACUGUGUAACGACAUAGUACAUUAUAGGGACUAAUAAAAAAAUGAGGUCCUUUAUUCAUUUGCAGAAAACUAA